AUGACUUUCUUCCUUCCGUCCUAUUUCCAGAAGCGGAUCUUACGAUAUGCUCUUUCACGACUAGAGCUGCUGGACACCGAUGCUUUAGAUCUCGAGAAGUUGGAUAUAGUAUGGGGUAAGAGGAGCACAGUUGAGCUGAGGGAUGUGGCCGUGCAUACGAAGAAACUUGCCGAUUUACUACAACUGCCAAGGAAUUUGGCCAUCUUUUCUGCUCAGAUUCAGUAUCUUCGGCUUACGAUCCCUGCGGACCUCUACAUAAGUGGAAUAUCAGUUGAAGUGCAAGGAGUGCAGGUGCGCGUGAACGCAAACCUCGAAGAUCAAUGCGGAGGGGGAAGACCCAAAUCGACACCACCCAAAAGAAAUCGGUCGGGAAAACCGUCAAAGGGCGUCAAAGCGGACAACCCAAGAAAUACACAGUCUCACGUUCACGACCCCGGUGGCGGUUUUCCCAGCCCUGUACUGCAAACAGGUGGUGACAGCCGUGCAGGAGUCUCAGAGUACUUGCCAACUACCGUUGACCUAGCUAAGUCAUUCUUACAUGACGAAUCAAAGGAAGAAAAGGCCGAACUGCAAGAUGCUGUUGCAAAGUCCCAAUACCUGGAUCAGUCUCUAGUGACUAGCGAUGAUGGUGACGAAACGUCCGAUCUUGGUGUUGCCAACACACUUCCCCUUCCAGGGUUUUUGGCAGACUUUCUGAAAGGUGUUGGGGACCGUGUCCAGUUGAAAGUCAAGGAUGUGGAAUUGGACCUGGACAUUAAGCUAGAUAUUGCUUCGGAAAGCUCUGCCAACAGCGAUACAUCAGAAAGGUCGAAUGUCUUGACCAUUCGGUUUUACAUAGAGGACAUAAUCGUCAACGCUAUCACCCGCCUAGCAACACCAAGCGUAACGGAUCAAGGGAGUGUCCAAGAAGCUUCUAACUCUGUCUUUCAAGAGACCCGUCGCGUGACAUUGGCCAAUUUUCACGCUAUGCUCAUCUCUGAUGCCUCGUUGUUCGCCAACGUUGCUCGAUCUACCGGACCGUCGUCUCCGGAGACUACCCACGCGAGCAUUAUAGCGAGAUCUGGCAGCAAGCCUAUAGACUCUCCUGCUUCAAGUACCAUUGGCGAACCCAAAACGAUAAGCAGUCCUCUCCCUGCGAGCCUAGACAGACAAGAUUCUCAGGAUUCCGAAGCACCAAUGAUAUAUGACUUCAGUCAAGAGCCUACGGAUUCCGAGGGUUCUGAUACGGAUCAUGAAUCUACCGCUUCAUUGGGUCUGUCCAAUGCUGGCGAUAGUCAGUAUCAUGAUAGCGCGGUCACUGGCUCCUUCUACUCCGCCUCCGGAGACACCCCACAAUCACCCGAGGAAGGAAAAGAUCCUAAAGAUCUUAGGUCGUUUCUACACGAGGGGGCAGCCAACUAUGGAUCUUCUGCCCCAUUGUCGAGAAUGUCUCACAACUCCGUUGAUGCAGCGUCGCUUGAAGGCGGUCGGACACCUCCAGCAAAAUUCGAUGCAUUUCCUCCAACAUCACUCCCUGCUGGGAACUCACAAACGGAGCUUGGGUUCGACAUGCGAAGUCAAGGUUCCAUGCGCCCAUCUGAACCACGAGCCAAGCCCCAGGAUCCUGGCCGGCCAAUGGGUAUCAGUACAGAAGCUCUGCCUUCGAAGUCCUCAAGUCCCAGCAGUCAUACAGUUUCUCCAAUUUCUGAAGACCUUGCACAAUCAAAAAUCUUUAGUCACGAGGAGGCAGAAAGCAUGUACAUGAGUGCCAUCAGUCAUGUUUCUGCUCCGCAAACAGAUAAGAGCACAUCAAUACCUGGUCAGUGGAACGCCUCGAGCUCGGACAGCGGCGACGAGGGUAGUGAUUCGCUUGUUCCAGGUAAUCUUUCAGUUCUGCAGGACAAACCGACCAGCAUCUUACGCCAGCAUGAAACACCGGCGAAUGGAGAUAGACUUGCAAGCCAUCAUGAUGACCAUGGUCCUCGGAUCCCCCGGAUUUCCAAUCCAGAAUCGACUGAACACAUGUUUCCAUCUUCGACAUUGCCCACCAAUGUAAGGCAUGAGCCAGUGUCACCCCCUAGACUUCCCAGCCAGCGAGAUGGUUCAUCCCAAGGUUCUGAGGCCUCUUCGGCAAAUCUCAAAAGCCCCUUCACCAUCAUGAAGCGCAUACUAUUUGUUGACUUCAUUGCCCUGGAGAUUCCCCAAGGUAAUGCCAAUACAGCAGACAGCCCAAUUGGGAUCAAGCAUCAACCGUCUGCUGCUUUGAGCCAGACACUCUCUGGAAGCUCAAGGUUAACCUCGCAGACCACCCACGCCGCUGCUCACGGAAUCUUAUCCUCGGAUUACAGCUCAGACUCCCAGCAGUCUGGCCGACGGCCAUCUAUAGAUGUAGGUAAUAUUCAAGUCUUGGGUGAUAUGGGUCUCGCCAAAUUGAUGAUUCUGGUUAUUGAAAAAAUUAAUGCCAUGCGUUCAUCCUCUUCCUCCGAGAAGAGCAGAACAGCUGUCCCGCAACCAGCUCCAAGAGAGGUGAGCCAGGUAAGAUUGAAGGUGAAGCGGAUGUGCUGGAAGUUUCUCGACGUCGUCAAAGGAGUGCCUGUGAGAGGUAUACGUUCCCAGAACCCCGUGGAACAAAACGAUCUGCGUGGAGACUCAGAAGUUUUAUUGAGAGCGGAGAUGAAAGAAUUCUGUGCUAUGUACCGCAAAAGUGAAGCAUCGUCUGUAUUGGAACUAUCGACAAGAAAAUUUUCAUUUGGAUACGUCUCGGAAGACAUCCUCUCCUUUGAUUCCGGCUUGAAGAUGAGAGAAUCUACCCGAGACAUACUUGCACCUAUCGACAAUGACAUGAAGUUAACGGUAACGAAGACAAUUAGCGCCACGAAGGUUGAGUUGACAACACUUCCGUUGCAUAUCGCUCUAGACUCACGCCGACUCGACGAGACUUUUACCUGGUUCGGCGGAUUCAGCAGUAUGCUUGGUCUCGGAAGCUCGAUGAUGUCCACUAUGACUGUGGUAGACAUGGCGGCUAAAACUUCCCAUCACAGCAGGCCAGUUCGCGGUGUACACUUCGAAGGCCAAACGCAGAACAGUCCAAGACUAUCUCCUCCAAUUCAGACGCAGAACAAAGUCACGGCAAGGAUUGGGGGCAUUGUCCUUGAUCUUCGGGGUACACGCUCUUCUUUACGUCUUGAGAGCACGGCCAUGAAGCUUGUCAGCCGAACGGAAGGUCUCGGCUUACAAGUCGACCGACUGAACAUCAGUGACCCGUAUCUGCGGCAUGCCUCUUCUGAGCCAUCUACAGCGGUGAAGCUUUCGAAUCUUAGAAUAGAGUACUUGUCAACACCCAAAGAGAAGGAUUUAGAUCGGCUACUUGCCCUCUUGUCUCCUUCCAAAGACGAGUAUGAAAGGGAUGAUGAUAUACUGCUGGAUACUCUCUUGCGUCAACGACGACAAGGAGGCGUAGUCCGCGCUACAGUCGAAAGCCUUGAAGGCAUCCUGUCGGAUCUAGACGAUCUACAACGUAUUGCAGCGUUAUCGGAAGACCUCAAAAAGCUCUCGACUGUGACAAAAUAUCUGCCUGAGGAUGAUCGUCCAGGUAUCCUAACGCUGAUGUUGGUUCGCGACCUCAGACUCAAGAUCCAAGUCAACGACAGCUUUGGUGCAGCUAUUUUGGCUUCGAAGGACUUGGAGGCAGCAUAUGUCGCAUUCCCCAGCUUGGUCGCUCUUGGAAUUACUACAUUGAACCUUCAUCGAAACGGUACAGAAGAGUUGAUCGGACACGCUCUGCCCAUGCAGAUCGUUGGCGAGACGUAUUCACCCAUGGUCAUGGCUCGCUUUGUCGGCAACGAAAUGGAACCUACAGCAAAAAUAAAGCUUUACAAUGUACGCUUUGAGUAUCAUGUCCCCACUCUUAUGGCAGUUAUGGGAAUGAAGGAUGCCACAUCCGUCCAAUCAAUUGUUGCUGAUAUGGUGAGCUCUGUGGCUACUCUUACUGCCCGAGCUGCCGACAGAGGAUCUACACCAAAGCCUUCGGCUCAAGAACCCGCGAGCAGUGAUCGUUCGCAAGGUUCGAAAGAAUUGAGACUUGAUGUUGCUGUGCGAGACUCGACCCUGGGGCUCAAUCCACGCAAAUCGCCGGCCAAAGGCCUUGUUGUUUUCACUGAUACUCACUUCGUAGGUGCCAUGCCCAGAGGAGAAGAAGCCGACGCAGUGCUUGAUAUCAGAAAGGCUUCACUCAUGGUGAUCGGCGACCGUGAAAAUGCCCCUUCUACAGCUCAAAGCUCUAUCGACCGACGAGGUCAGGUUGAAAUUCUGUCCGACCUAGGUUAUGUAUCUGUCAGCUUGAUCUCUGCAGCAAAAGCUACGAUUAAAAUUGUCAAGCUCGAGAAUGAUUCCAGCAGGGCAAUCGAUGUAGAGAUCCGGGACGAUCUUUUUGUCCUAGAGUCAUGCGCGGACUCCACCCAGACAUUGCAGAAUAUCAUAACUGGACUGAUACCGCCAACGCCGCCCUGCACAGAAUUGAAGUACAGGACAGAGGUCAUACCCGUCGAAGACAUGCUCGCUUCGCUCUCGGGCAAUGCUUUCCCAGCAACUCAGAUCAGUCCUAAUACCGAUAAGGAAUUAUCACUGGAACUUGACGAAGGCGAUAUAGUAGACGACGACGUCCCGCAGAACCUCGAAUUCGUAAGCAGUAUCUAUAAUCCUAACCUCGAAUCAGUAUACGAAGGCAUCGCAGACAGCAUGCUUGAAGAUGAUAUAGAAUCUCUACCAAACCCUUCGAUCGUCCAAGGAAUGGGAAACAAGAAUACCAUGGAAAAUUACGAAGAGCAGACACAGAUUGCUCCUGAUAACUCCUCUCUUGAUUUCGUCGACGAUCACUUUGGAACGAGCUCAGUGGUGGGAGGCACUGCUCAUCAGCGGAGUAUCCAGCAAAACACCUACGGAUUGAGCAACGAGUUCAGAGUGCGUGGCAGUCCUUUGAGAGUUCGUGUGCGGGACGUACACUUUAUAUGGAAUCUCUAUGAUGGCUACGACUGGCAGAGUACCAGAGACACCAUCAGCCAAGCCAUCGAAGACGUUCAAAACAAAGCCACAGAACGUUUGGCUCGCAAUGAUAGACGCAAACCUGCGGACCCCGACGAAGAGGAGGAAUCCGUGAUUGGUGACUUUCUUUUCAAUUCGAUCUACAUUGGUAUUCCCGCGAAUCGUGACCCAAGAGAGCUGGCUCAUCAGGUCAAUCGCAAUCUUGACGAUCUUGUUAGUGAGACAGAAAGCUAUGCGACUUCCACACCUUCAGGCUCGCCGAGCCGAAAAGGUCAAGCACCACGUUCGAGAGGCAGCAGGAAACUGCGGUUGAAACGUAGUAAGUAUCACAAGAUGACCUUCGAGCUGAAGGGCGUCUCUGCAGAUGUGAUAGUCUUGUCGCCAGACUCAGGCGAUACUCAAAGCUCUCUAGACAUCAGAGUACAGGACCUCGAGAUAUUCGAUCAUGUGCCAACUUCCACAUGGAAGAAGUUUGCUACCUACAUGCAUGAGGUUGGAGAACGCGAAAGUGGAACAGACAUGAUCCACCUUGAGAUAUUGAACGUCAAGCCUGUGCCCAGUCUUGCAGCGUCGGAGAUCAUUCUAAAGGCCACUAUACUUCCGCUACGACUUCAUGUCGACCAGGAUGCACUUGAUUUCAUCACCCGUUUCUUCGAGUUCAAGGACAACUCUGCGCCGAUGCAAACCUCGCAGUCUGAAGCGCCGUUCCUUCAGCGCGUGGAAGUGAACUCCAUACGAGUCAAGUUCGACUUUAAGCCAAAAAGGGUCGAUUACGCAGGUAUUCGUUCAGGACAUACGAACGAGUUCAUGAAUUUUUUCAUACUUGAACAAGCAGACAUGAUUCUCCGACACGUCAUCAUCUAUGGCGUCUCUGGUUUUGACAAGCUCGGCAAAACCCUCAAUGACAUUUGGAUGCCAGAUGUCAAAGGGAACCAGCUGCCCGGUGUUCUUGCGGGACUUGCACCUAUUCGCUCGCUCGUGAAUGUUGGAGGCGGUUUUCGCAACCUAGUCGCUAUCCCUAUCCGAGAGUAUCGAAAGGAUGGUAGGGUGGUUAGAAGUUUGCAGAAAGGCGCGGUUGCUUUCGCGAAGACAACGACGAGUGAACUAGUCAAACUGGGAGCUAAGCUUGCGAUCGGUACUCAAACCGUGCUUCAGGGUGCCGAGGAUCUUUUAACUCAGCCGGUGAAGAGAUCAGAUGUGAGUGUUGGUUGGGAAGACGCCGAGUUCGAGGAAGACGAAAAGCCGCAGAUCAGUGCGUACGCCGAUCAGCCAGUAGGCGUGGUCCAAGGCCUUCGGGGUGGCUAUGCCAGCCUCGAGCGCGAUCUACUCACCGCCAAAGAUGCCAUCAUAGCAAUGCCUGGGGAGAUUUUGGAGAGUGGCACGGCAGGCGGCGCCGCGAGGGCAGUUUUGAGAGGCGCUCCUACAAUAAUUUUGAGGCCUGCAAUGGGCGUCAGCAAUGCGGUGGGGCAGACAUUACUGGGGGCGACAAAUAGUUUGGACCCUGGAAACAGAAGGCGGAUUGAGGAUAAAUACAAGAGGCAUUGA